AUGUCUUGUUUGGACUGUUCCUGUAUUCUACGUACACCAGUUGAAUCAAUCAGACCAGAAGAGUUAUCUGAGAGCAGCAUCCAUGAAUGCCUGGCUGAUUCUGAUCUAGCCUGGAUUCCCCCAUCUACAGGAAGGAAUGAAAUGGUAUUUUGCUCUUCUAAUGUCUCUCACUAUGAACUCCAGCUCCAAAUAGGAAGGAGGUUCAACAACUUAACUUCAAUCUACCUUGCACGGCAUACGCCUACAGGCAUGCAAGUUGCUGUAAGGAUCACAGACCUAGAAAAUUGCUCUGAAGAGCAUUUGAAAGCCUUACAGAAUGAGGUGGUUUUAUCCCACUUUUUCCAGCAUCCCAACGUAAUGACGCUUUGGACAGUGUUUACAGCUGGUAGUUGGCUUUGGGUCAUCUCCCCAUUCAUGGCCUAUGGCUCAGCUAGACACCUGCUGAAGACUUAUUUUCCUGAAGGAAUGAGUGAAGCUUUGAUAGGGAACAUUCUAUUUGGUGCAAUCAGAGGAUUAAAUUACAUGCACCAGAAUGGCUACAUUCACAGGAAUAUUAAAGCUAGCCACAUUCUGAUUUCAGGGGAUGGGCUGGUUUCUCUCUCUGGCUUAAACAACCUCUACAGUUUAGUUAACAAUGGACAAAAGUCAAAGGUGGUAUAUGAUUUUCCCCAGUUUAGUACAUCUGUGCUUCCUUGGCUGAGUCCUGAACUACUGAGACAGGAUUUAUCUGGGUAUAACAUGAAGUCUGACAUUUACAGUGUAGGAAUUACAGCAUGUGAAUUAGCCAAUGGACAUGUUCCAUUUCAAGAUAUGCCUCGCACUCAGAUGCUGCUGCAAAAGCUGAAAGGUCCCACAUAUUGUCCUUGGGAUAUAAAUACAUUUUCCUGUGGGGAAUCCAGGAUAAAGAAUUCCCGGUCAGGUGUUGAUUCUGGAAUUGGUGAGAGCAUGACACGCACAAUGACCAGUGAAAGACUACAAAUUCCUUUUUCCAAGACGUUUUCACCUGCUUUCCACAACUUGGUAGAACUUUGCUUGCAACAGGACCCUGAGAAAAGGCCAUCAGCAAGCAGUUUGCUUUCGCAUACGUUCUUCAGACAGAUAAAAGAACAAACACAGAAUUCACUAGUGUCUCUAUUACCACCUCCUAUUCAAAAUAACAGAUCAGAGUUCUUGGCACUGCCCUCAACAACAGUUGGGACUGAACUUGGACAUACCACUGCAAAUCAAGACGAUACGGACUGGGAAUUCUAAAUAAAUACCAAACAAUCAUACCUCUCCUGUGCUUCAAAGAAGGAAAAUGUGAUUUUUACUUGCUGCUUUAGUUUGUAUGGUUAAAAUACAAUUAGACGAGAUAUACUUGAAAGUGCCACUGAAGUGGCCCUAUUUCAUUAACUACUUUCUUUGUUGGCAUAAUGAAAUGCAGCAUGCCUCACUUUCUGACCAUAAGGAAAACUGUACAUAGAAAACAGCUGAAU